AUGUCGUGGAUUGGUGAAGUGGUUGUACUUGCAGGUGCGCGCUACCAUGUCGGACAUGGUGUCUCAGAAUUCUGUUUCUCUCUCGCUACAUGCAUAGCGCCCAUGAUCUACAUACCGCGCUGCCCUACUGCUAGAGGCAAAAGUCUACCGUCUGUGCGGUAUCAUUACAGAUACAAGACAGCGAUAUUCCUUGCGUGUAGGGUCUCAUCCUCCCGUAACGCUCUGAUUCUUCGCGAUGUCCAAUCGUGCCAACAGUAUUUGGAAUAUUGCAAAAGCAACGACACGAAUCUCCAAUCUUCCGUUUUUCGUGGGACCAUGUACGAGCUCGCAGUAAAGCAUGUGCUUGAGUCCCAAUUGAACUGCCAGAAUUUGACUCGGAGUGGCGGCACAGGAGAUUAUGGUAUCGAUCUAUUUGGUCAAUGGGACUUGUCGCAGUAUCAACGCGCAGGGAAGGCUGCAGCAGGUGCGCUUGCAGCGAAAAGCGACAUUGACUUGGCUUCAGAUGUCUCUGUUUUGGUACAGUGCAAAAACCACUCGGGAAAGAUUGGAGCCACUGUUGUGCGCGAGCUCGGAGGCAUUUAUGACUAUCACGUCAAGACCAGGACCGCACGGCGUACAACGUUCAUGUUUCUAGUGUCGCCCGAGCCAUUGACCCCACUGGCGCAUGCACAGUUAAAUACAUCGAGCAUACCCAUGGCGCAUAUACGCAUGCUGGCCAUGCAACCAGACGCACAAGACGUGUUUGACUUGGCCUCUUGGAGCGGCGCAAAAGUUGGUCCUGUGUACCUCAACAGCAAACUAAGGCGGCUUUUACAAGGGCUAGAUAUAGAGAAACAUCUCAUACGGCGACAGCUCUAG